UUUCCUAAUGUCCAGUGACAAUUCUGUCUUUGCCCCAGAACAUACGAAAAUAUACCAAGACAUGAUACAUCCAUUGAGCCAUUAUUUCAUUGAUUCAUCACAUAACACGUAUCUUCUUGGACACCAAUUAACCGGGGAAUCUUCAAUUGAAGGUUACAUACGUGUUUUGCAACGGGGCUGCCGUUGCGUGGAAAUUGAUUGCUGGGAUGGACCAGAUGGUCGUCCUGUGGUUACGCACGGGCACACUUGGACAUCGAAAAUCCUAUUUAAGGAUGUCAUAUCGGCCAUUCGCACCUAUGCGUUUAAAGCCAGCCCUUACCCACUGAUACUAUCGCUGGAGGUUCAUUGCAGCAUAGAACAACAAGAUAAUAUGUCCACGAUUUUGCGCAAUCAACUAGGCGACUAUCUUGUUACCGGGUUUUUAUCGGAAAAUGAGAUGGCACUACCUAGUCCAACAGAGUUGAUGUACAAGAUUUUGUUGAAGCUAGAAUUUAAUGGUUCGUGA